UAAUUAAAAUGAAAGAAAAUUAAACCAAGUAUUAAGGGGCACCCUCUAAUUAUAAGGUGCUUUUAUAAAUACAGCUUUUGCAAGGAGCAUCUGCAAAGACACUCUACAGGAGAACAAGGACGGGUACAGGUAACACUAAGAAGUUGUUUUGCACUCGGAAUCAAGAUGGCUCAACUGAACGGAGAUGGCAUACAGUUAUGGGCUAAAGGCAUAAUGCACCAAAAUGAGUUUCGUUCAGCGGUUCUGUAUGCAAGAAAUCUGUCAAUAGUUUGGGGUUCAGAUGGUCGUUACUGGAAGUGGGAACGGAUCAGCAACCCGAUAAGCAGCGAGGAUCUUGAGGUUGCUAAACUAAUUGAAGUAUGCUGGCUACAGAUCGAUGGAAAAUGUAGGGACCAGAACCUGGCUAAGGGAGUGACAUAUGGAGUGUAUUUCAUUGUCAAGCUUGAAGAGAAUCAUUCCAUCACCCGUCCUGUGACUCUUAAGCUUACUUGUCCCAACGGUGACACCCAAGAGAACAAGGUGGAUUUGAAGCAGCAGCCGAAGAAGGAACUGAUAGGGCUUAAGGUCGGUGAAUUUACUGGCUCAGGAACCAACAAAUUUAUCCGAUUUUCUUUUAAUGGACGGGAGGGUACCAGUUGGAAGACCGGCCUUACUUGCUUCGGUGCUGUAAUUGUGCCAAUAUGAUUUCUAUAUAACUUGAACUGCCAACACCCUCCUGUUAUGCCUGUGAUAUAAGAAAUGUAUCAGAUGUACUAAAU